UUCAAAUACUAAAAUUAUCAGAAUUAGAAUUUCAAAGACUUUCCUCGGCAGACAGAACUCCCAGAACCAUGGCCAUGGCGACGUCGUCGUUUCAGUGCGCGGCUCUGCUAUCCAGAAACUCUGUAACGCCACGACAGAGCUCUUUCAGCAGCGUCGGAUCGACCAUCUCUUGGCAAUCAACUUCAUUGUAUCCGCGCGUACAGUCGCUCGCGGUGUCUCAGCCCAUCUCACCUGCGGUGGUCGCCUCCGCAACCGGCGGCACCGUGGAAUCUGAACCUCGAACCAGCGCCACUACUGCGUCAAAGACGCUACCCUUCAGAGUAGGGCACGGUUUCGAUCUACACCGUUUGGAGCCUGGAUAUCCGCUUAUUAUUGGCGGGAUAAACAUUCCGCACGAUAGAGGCUGUGAAGCUCACUCGGACGGUGAUGUGCUACUUCAUUGUGUUGUUGAUGCAAUUUUGGGUGCUUUGGGGCUUCCGGACAUUGGCCAGAUUUUCCCGGACACAGACCCUAAGUGGAAAGGCGCACCAUCAUCUCUUUUCAUCAAAGAAGCUGUGCGGCUGAUGCACGAUGCUGGUUAUGAACUUGGGAAUUUAGACGCCACUUUGAUACUGCAGAAACCAAAGGUAAGCCCUCACAAGGAAGCUAUUAGAUCCAAUUUGUGUCAACUGCUUGGGGCAGAUCCCUCAGUUGUAAACCUAAAGGCGAAAACCCAUGAGAGAGUAGAUAGCAUUGGGGAAAAUAGGAGCAUUGCGGCCCAUACUGUUGUUCUUUUAAUGAAAAAGUAGCAUAUGACCUUUACAUAUUCUUGUUCAACCAGAGAUUGUACGCAAAUUUGCCAAAGAGUGACGGGAAGGAAGGACCCUAUGUGAAAAAAUUCAACAUCCAAAUGACCAGUGCUUGAAAAAUGAAAGUUGAUGGCCAACAAUAUAAUUCCUUCAUGGAAAGAAUCAGUUUCAACCCAUUUCACAUAUGGCAUAAAUGGUAUUCGCAACAUGAUUCCUCAAAAUACCUCCCAACAUGUAGUAUAGUUCCAUUCGCAUAGAAUUUGUUCUCAAACAUGUGUCCUGUAAUGCGCACUUUGCACCGGUGGGCGUAGCUCAAUUGGUAGCGAGGGAGUGCCACAAGGAUUAGGUCCCGGGUUCGAAUCCCGGCAACUGCGAUGAGAGGUUACUCUACAGAGGGCCUCUGCAAGUACCGGGGAUGGAGUCUCACUCUAUAUCUGUCAGAUUGUGAUUAUAGACCAAUUUACAUCCUCCCAGCGUGUCGUCCGGUCGGUGUUGGGGGCCUCUCAGGGAUGGGGUGUCAUUCUUUUUUGUUUGUAAUGCGCACUUUGCAACACCUCAACAAAAGGGCCAAAGCUCAGAACUUUGAGCGUUUUUCACUGGACACUAAAUUUUUGUUUCACUCAUUUUGUUGUUCUCCCCAGAUUGGGAGAAUCAGUCAUUAAAACAUUGUUCUCCCCAGAUUGGGAAUCUCUCAUCUUUACAUUAGCCUGUACUGGAAAUACCAAAUGUACUUGGUCUUGUUGAUUGGUAGUAAUUCCAAUGUAUACACUGUAAACUCUGUGAAUAUGGAUGCAAGAGAAUUUCUUCCUCC